AUGCCUUCGGAUAAACGCCCGAAUAUCAUCUUCAUCAUGGCCGAUGACCAUGCCUCCAAGUCCAUUUCGGCCUACGGCGCUGGUAUUAACCACACCCCGAAUCUCGACCGACUCGCGACUGAAGGCAUGCGAUUCAAUCACUGCUACGUGACGAAUAGUAUCUGCACGCCAUCUCGUGCAGCAAUCUUGACAGGCACCCAUAACCACGUUAACGGGGUGAUGACGCUCGAUUCGAAGAUCAACAAGCGCCUUCCGAACGUCGCGAAACAACUUCGGAGUGGAGGGUACCAGACGGCCAUGGUGGGUAAAUGGCAUCUUGGGGAGGGGAAAGAGCAUGAGCCGACAGGGUUUGAUGACUGGAGUGUUGUGCCUGGACAGGGCGAAUAUCAUGAUCCCCAGUUCAUUGAGGCCGAUGGGAUGACCAGGGUGUCUGGCUACGCGACCGACAUCAUCACGGAUAAGUGUCUGGAUUGGAUCCGUGAGCGAGAUGCCGAAAAGCCUUUCUUUCUUAUGUGUCACCAUAAGGCACCGCAUCGCAGCUGGGAGUAUGAUGCGAAACAUAAGGAUCUGUACAAGGACCCGGUUCGGCUCCCGGAUACGUUCAGCGAUGACUAUAAGAACCGUGCGAGGGCGGCAACGGUGGCCAAGAUGCGUGUCGCUGAGGAUCUCACGUAUGGCGAUCUGGGACUCGUGCAGCCCGAGGGUCCUGCUGAGAUUGUAGGCCCAAAGAUGAUUGAUCUGUGGUCGUGGUAUGAUCGAAAGGUCCCUGCGCCGGAGGACGUCACAAAGCUCCGUCUGAUGGCGAAGGAAGAUGGGAGAGUCUUCACUUUCAAGACACCCCAAGAGCUCGCAGAGUUCAAGUUCCAGCGGUACAUGCAGCGUUAUCUUCGCACAAUUCAAAGCAUCGACGAUAACGUCGGUCGGAUGCUCGACUUCCUUGACGCGGAGGGUCUGGCGGAGAAUACUAUUGUCAUCUAUACUUCCGACCAGGGCUUCUUCCUCGGUGAACAUGGCUGGUUUGACAAGCGCUUCAUGUAUGAGGAUAGCUUCCAGAUGCCGUUCCUCAUUCGGUAUCCCCGUGAGAUUGCCCCGGGCAGCAUUUGCGAUGAUAUUAUCUGCAAUGUGGACUUUGCCCCGACGUUCCUAGACUUUGCGCAGACUCGUAUCCCAACGUACAUGCAGGGAGUCAGUUUCAGGGCCUUGUUGCAGAAAAAGACUCCGGCGGAUUGGCAGCAGGUUGCGUAUCAUCGGUACUGGAUGCAUCGGGAUGUUAUACAUGAGGCAUAUGCUCAUUACGGUGUGCGAGAUCAGCGGUACAAGUUGAUUUACUGGUAUAACGAGGACCUUGGGCUUGAGGGUACUCGGCCUGGAGGGGAGGAGAAGGAAUGGGAGCUGUUUGACUGUGACAAGGAUCCGUUGGAACUGUUCAACUGCUACAACGAGCCUGGAUACAAGCAGGUUGUUGCGCGCAUGACGAGGCUGCUACAGGAGAAGAUGGAGGAAAUCGGAGACGAGCCUGUUCAUUAA